UGAGAUAUCGAAGCCAACAGCCCGACUCUGCGAGCCCUAAUUUUGAUUUCCGUGAAACCUCGUUGUCGUUCCACUGCAACGACUGAGCCCUUUCGUCUCCGCCAAUUUCCCCAUGACGAGGAUGGAUUUCGAAGUCGUCGUUCUCGCCGGCGGUGCCUCUAGCAAUCUCUCUCCUCUUGUUUCUCAGGAGUUGCCCAAGGCUUUGCUUCCCGUCGCCAACCGUCCCGUCUUGUCUUAUGUCCUCGAGCUUCUCGAAGGAAGCAACCUCAAAGAUCUCAUUGUGGUGGUUGAGGGAGAAGAUGCAGCACAACUUGUUGGUGGCUGGAUAUCAGGAGCUUAUGCAGACCGUCUUCAUGUUGAGGUAGCUGCUGUUCCUGAGGGUGUUGGAACUGCAGGAGCUUUGCGAUCUAUAUCUUCUUACCUUACUGCCAAUGAUGUUCUGAUUGUAAGUGGUGAUCUUGUUACUGAUGUGCCUCCUGGGGCUAUUGCUGCAACUCAUCGAAGGCAUGGUGCAGUAGUAACAACUUUGUUGUGCUCUUCUCCUGUAAGUGGUCCGUCUGAUAGUGGGACUUCUGGAGGAAAAGAGAAAGCCAAAAAACCAGUCCGUCACAAUAUCAUUGGGUUGGAUCCUACAAGACAAUACUUAUUACACAUGGCAACAGGAGCUGAGGUGGAGAAGGAUAUUCGACUUCAAAAGAGAAUUCUUCAGGCAGUGGGACAGAUGGAAAUUCGAGCUGACCUCAUGGAUGCACACUUGUAUGCAUUUAAAAGGACUGUCUUGCAGGAUAUUUUGGAUCAAAAGGAUAAAUUUCAAAGCAUUAGACAAGAUAUUCUACCAUAUCUAAUAAGGACCCAAUUGAGUUCAGAAGUGUCAGGAAAUGGAUUAGUUAGUUCUGAAUCCGGGAGUAAUAAGAGUGCUGUUCAAGAUGAGCUAAGAUGGUUGUCUCAACACCGAGAAAUUGCACCAUCUACUUUUCAGGAUUCGCAACCUCUUAGCCUUAAGUCACAACGUGAUGAUCAAAGGUCCCACAAAUGCUGUGUUUAUAUUGCCAAUGAAAGCAAAUAUUGUGCUCGUUUAAACUCCAUUCAGGCAUUUAGUGACAUUAACCGUGAUGUGAUUGGAGAGGCCAGCCAUCUUUCUGGAUAUUCUUUCUCUGCACAAAACAACAUCAUUCAUCCCUCUGCUGAGCUUGGAUCCAAAACUACAGUUGGCCCACAAUGCAUGCUUGCAGAAGGCUCAAAAUUAGGUGACAAGUGUAGUGUGAAAAGAUCUGUCAUUGGACGCCAUUGCCGAAUUGGUUCAAAUGUCAAGAUUGUCAAUUCAGUUGUGAUGAAUCAUGUCACCAUCGAUGAUGGAUGUUCCAUUCAAGGUUCUGUUAUAUGCAGUAAUGUGCAACUUCAAGAGCGUGUUGUUUUGAAGGAUUGUCAGGUAAUCUGUCAUUUUUUUUCUGUUUUGUAUAAUCUACCCACAAGUUGGUAUGGACGAAAAAAAUGUCUCUAGUGGGCUUUACCUAGGUGAGUAAAUGAUUACAGUUCUUGAAGAAAAGCCAGCAAUAUCUACCACAUUAGUAUACAUCCAUGUUUCCCUAUAUAAAAAUGUCUUCAAAUUUUGUUAAAGCCAUUAUUAGGAAUUGAAAAGAAUGCCAAGUUCAAGCGACUACGUAGCUUUGACUCCACCACCCUUUGUACUAUGCAUUUUCUGCCCGCAACCUGUAGGCUCGAUGGAAAUGUGCAUAUGCAGUCUAUGAAACCCAUUUAUUUAUGUGAAGAAUGGACAUCAAUGCGUUGGUUGCUUUCUGUGGCACUUAAUUCCCAAGUUGGAAUGCCCAAUUCCUUACAGUGACUGCAAGUAUUGAAUGAGUUCCAAAUAAUUUACUGAAUGCUUGCCGUUUUUGUUUGAUUAUAAUUCCCUCUUAUGCCAUUUCUUUUGCUACAGGUUGGCGCUGGUUAUAUUGUGACUUCUGGCAGUGAACACAAGUCUGAGUCACUCGCAAGAAAAUAGUUGCAGCAAGUAGCAAGUUUUGUGAUGCUCGGCCUAUUCUCCCUUUGACAGAGCAGAGAAAGGUGCAAAUGCAAUAGCAUCGACCUCAGACAGUUUUCCGUUUCAGCUAUUGUCAACAACAGACAACGUGUAGUUCUUUGUUUAUUUGUGUAAUUUGGCUUUCUAAAGACAAAUUUUUCUGAUUCCUAGAAAUGAUAAUGUAUUGGUUGUUAAAUUGUUAAUUCCCGCCGAUGAUAAAAUGCAUGACCACUGUCUUUGGUUGCACUGUAGAAUUCUUUGCAUUAUGAAAAGUCCUUUUUUUGAUUUAUUAA